AUGCCGACGGGACCCUUUGCCUCCAGUGUUGGCAUAGGGCGGGCUGAACCCGAAUGGGCUGCCUUAAACAGAGUCCAGGAGACCGUGGGAAAGGAUCCAAUCUUCCAAGCAGGUGAAGCAUCGGAAGCCCCUUUGCAGCUUGAUGGGGCGAUUUUGAGUGGGGACCUCUCAACAGUCGGGUCUUGUGACCUUUUGAUUGUUGGGGCUGGCUUGUCAGGUGCCGUGCUGGCGGAGCGAUGUAGCAGAGAGCUAGGCAUGAGCUCACUGAUCUUAGACAAGCGAGACCACAUCGGGGGCAAUUGCUAUGACUAUGUCGACGAACAUGGAAUUCGAUGCUCCAAAUACGGAGCACAUCUCUUUCACACGCAAUUUGAGCGAGUGUGGGACUAUGUCUUGCAGUUCUCCGAGUGGAUCCCCUUCGACCACCGGGUGAAAGGCUUGGUCCCAGACCAAGAUGGCGUCAAGAAGUUGGUGCCAAUUCCACCCACGCAGGAGUCCGUGAACACCUUGUUUGGGGAAAGGAUUCAGACGGAGGAGGAGAUGCAGGCAUGGUAUGACAAGGAGCGAAUACCACCUCCAAGUGGGGAUCCAAAGAAUGGAGAGGAAGCAGCUUUGUCUCGUGUUGGACCCAGAUUAUUUGAGAAAGUCUUCAAACACUACACCAAGAAGCAAUGGGACAAGUAUCCAGCAGAGCUUGAUGCUAGCGUUCUCCUUCGUCUUCCAUGCCGAACAUCAACAGAUGAUCGCUACUUUCCAGAUCCUUGGCAAGCGUUGCCUAUGCGUGGUUACACACGCAUUUUCGAGAACAUGUUGCUGAAUGAUCCGAAUAUCACAAUUCGGCUGAAUUGUGAUUUCUUCAAGCUCAAAGAAGCAGGAUCACUUCCAUCGCACAAGCUUCUCGUCUACACCGGGCAGAUUGAUAGCUACUAUGCAGCCUUGGGAAUGCCCAAAUUAGAAUAUCGUUCACUCAGAUUUGAGGAGGAAUUUCUUCAAGAGCCCGAAGAUGGGUUCUUUCAGGAGGCCAUGGUGGUGAAUCAUCCCUCUCCUGAUGUGUCCUUUACUCGAAUUGUCGAGUACAAGCACAUUCCAAACCAGCCUACUGCGGUGAAGGAAGGGAAGGUCAGAGGUACCCUGAUCGCGAGGGAAUACUCCUCAGCUGAGGGGGAGCCAUAUUAUCCAGUGCCAAACCCUGCGAACAGGGAGCUUUAUGAGAAGAGGAGGGGGGUGGCCUUUGUGGGCCGCUUGGCUUCUUACAAGUACUUUAAUAUGGACCAGGCGAUUUUGAAUGCCUUGGAGAUGUUUGACAACUUGAAGGAGACCGGCAAGUUGGAGCCCAAGCGGAAGCCUGAAGACUUUGGACCAGGAAAAGGAGACUGGCUUGUGGAUUUCGUGGUCCAUGUGAAGGCCUGUGCUCUCUACAGCGAUGUCUCCACCCAGGGCUCCAAGCUCAGCUUCAGCAGCGCAGAGGUCUUCGAGGGCAAAGGCUCACGAUAUGGACCCGUCGCACCGUUGAAAUCCUUGGAGGACGCGAUCGGGUUCAAUGGAAUUUAG